AUGCUCGGAUCGCGCCUACAUGGACAAAGUCUGGCUGUUCGACGGGGUGAUACUUCAUCGCAAGUAGCGGCCCACACCUACGAGACGGGUCACGAGUUCAAUUUCGCAGCCGCGAGGAUAAUUGCCCACGCCGUCAACAAGACAAACCGAAAACUGAUUGAAGCCUGGUCAACAGACGGGAAUUCAAUAUUUCAUCCAUCCUCCCUGGACACAACUGACCUCUACACCUCCACCAGGUAUGGUCUCGGUUUACCGGAAGGUCCUCUCGAGUUGAAGUCAGGUGACGGUCUGCCCUUGGAGACAAAUGCGGAUUUCCUGGGAGCCGUUAGUUUCACAAAGGGCUGCUACGUUGGUCAGGAACUGACCACUCGAACACACUUCACUGGCGUUAUUAGGCGACGUUUGCUGCCCAUCGUGGUUGCCUCGCCCGUCGAUGCUGGCCAGCAACCGGCGCUGGACAGUCAUGACAAACAAUUCGGUAUCGCUUUGUUUCGUCUCGCCGAGACCGCGGACGCCAUUAAGUCUGGUGAUAUUCUCUGGAGCAGACUAACUACAGCCGAACCCCUGGCUGACGACGUCGCCGAAGUUGAGCACCUUGAAGAGGGC